CCGCCAGCCCAGGGGAGGCGCAGGGGAGGCGCAGGGGACUCUAGUCAUUGCCGAGGAGUAUCUUUUCCGGUUUGUAGGAUAAGGCUCAGAGCAUUCUGGGAGGGGUAAUCGGUGGCGACGAAUAAGGAAGGGACUGCGAGGCAUCCCGGGAAGCGUAGUCCUUGCGGUCGAGACUAUUACACAUCUAUCACCACCAGAAUAUGGUGGAGCUUCUUCCUUUUCCCUAAAUUUUGAUAGCUCAGUGGAUUUGGCUUAUAGGUGUUGAACUAUUACCAGGAUGCUCCGUCGAAAACCUACUCGCCUGGAGCUGAAGCUAGAUGACAUUGAGGAAUUUGAGAGUAUCCGGAAGGAUCUAGAGACCCGUAAAAAACAAAGAGAAGAGGUGGAUGUGGUGGGAGCCAGUGAUGGGGAAGGAGCUAUUGGCCUGAGCAGUGACCACAAGACCCGAGAACAAAUGAUCAAUGACCGAAUUGGUUAUAAGCCUCAGCCCAAACCCAAUAAUCGUUCAUCUCAGUUUGGAAGCUUUGAGUUUUAGAAUUUAUAGAAAAAAUCCUGUGCCUGCCUUUGAAAAAGCAAUGAGGUUAAGGAAAAGUUAAAAUAUUUACAGAACUGAAUGCUUGAAGAUUAUUGGAAUAAUUUGCCUUCUUGAGAUCCUAGUGAGACUUAGUUUCUUUAUUCAAGAAAAAUUUGAAUUGUAGUUGGUGUCUGGAACAUUGUCAUCUUCCUUUCCAGAGAAAUUGUAUUUUGUUUUUUAAAAUAAAGACAAGAAUUAAAUAAGUAAAAAAUAAAUAAAUAAAUAAAGACAACUUU